UUAGUAUUCAUUCCCACGAAUUUGCAGACUCCUUUUACUAAUAAUAAAACCAAAUAAUUCAAUGGAACCUCCUAGCAACCUCUGUUUGACUGAAGAUCCAUGUAAAGAUGAACCUAAUUUUGAAGUUGUCUACAACUCUGUUAAGGAGGCUAUUAGUAUGGGGAUUCAUCCUGUAAGAAUAAGCCAAGGGAGUAGUGGUAGCUACUUUGUUCGUAAUUCUCGAUAUGAGAUUGUCGGAGUUUUCAAACCACGGGACGAGGAGCCUUACGCUAUCUUUAAUCCCAAGUGGAUUAAAUGGCUCCACCGAACUAUUUGUCCUUGUCUCUUCGGGAGACCUUGUUUAUUUCCGAAUCAGGGUUACCUAUCUGAAGCAGGCGCUAGUAUCGUUGACAGGCACUUAAAAUUAAACAUCGUACCAGUGACUAAAAUUGUUGAAUUCUCCAGCACGAGUUUUAAUUACGGCUGUAAAUAUAAAUAUUUUUAUAAAAAUGUAAAACUUCCAGAGAAAGUCGGUUCUUUACAGCUCUACAUGAAAGACUAUAUUGAAGCGUCAGCACUUCAUACGGAUUUUUCUUUGAAUACUUCAUUGAAAGCGCAGUUUAUAGAGGAGUUUCAAAAACUUACAAUUCUGGAUUAUAUAAUAAGAAAUACUGAUCGUGGCAAUGAUAAUUGGCUAGUGAAGAUUUAUGAAGAACCGGAAGUUCUUAAUAAUAAUGAUCAUAAUGAUAACGAUAAUAAUAAUAAUAAUAAUAAUAAUACAAACACUAAAGCUUGCCAGUUUGUACGUAUAGCGGCCAUUGAUAACGGUCUUUCAUUUCCUUAUAAACAUCCGGAUCCCUUUCACUGGGUUUGGUUAUCAUAUGCAAAAACUCCAUACACUGAAACUAUUAUUAGUAAAAUCCUCCCGCUUAUAAAGAAUAAUAAUGUAAUUAAAACAAUGCAAAACGAACUUUUGGAGCUGUUCUGCCAAGAAAAAGCUUUCACUCUUCAAGGAUUCAUAAAGCAGAUGUCGAUUAUGCACGGACAAAUAAUAAACCUCAUUGAGGUAUUGGAAAAAAAAUUAUCUCCUUUUGAUUUGGUGAUGAUGCCGCCGCCAAAAUGUAGAACAUUAAGUAAUUCUUUUGACUCCCCACUCUCCAAUUGA